CUCUUCUACUUCUUGCUCCUUUAGAACAAAACCUGCUCUUCUAUCUCCUCUCUUCUUUCUUCUUUUCAUUCUUGUCUUUCUUCCAUUCGCUCUUCGCUCUUGCUUUGCUCGACCAACCACUUGUCGCGUCAUAUACCCCUCUCUCCUGCAGCAACAUCCAUCCACCCACUAUCCAUAGCAUUCAUCCAUUCAUCCAGUCAUUCACUAGUCUAGCAUUCCCACUUAGCUCAAGCACAGAAGUCAUAUCAUAAUGCAAGCCAACAUCAACACCCUCUACAACAAGCUCCCCAACAACCCCAUCUUCAACUCGCCCAUGUCGAGCUCCUCCUCCUGCGCUUCCUCGCCCUUCUCCUCGCCCGAGACCGGUGCUGAAAUCGAUCUCCUGGACAUGCCCAUGUUCUUCCCCAGCGAGCAGUCUCUCCAGCCCAUCCUCGAUCUCGGCGCACCCAAUGACUUGCUGAUGCAGCAGCACCCCUACCAGUCCUGUGCCUCCGUACAGCAGCCCAAGCACCCGCAGCAGUUCCAGUUCAGUGGACUAGCUCAUAUCGGUCUGGGAACACCUCCUACCUCGCCCCCUACUUUGACCUUCCUCAAGUAUACGGGCACUAACAAUGAGAUCGGCACCAUGUAUUAUGGCUCGCAGCCCCAAGCCAUCCAGAACGCUCCCAGUCCAACCAUUAGUAGCUGUAGCAGCAGCCUCAGCAAUAGCCCCUACGCCGAGUCUCCACUGAUGGCCCUCAGCUCGGACUUUGAUCUCUUUCCCAUGAGCAACCCUGUCCAGCAACAUACCAGUGGCUUCCCCUCGGCCCCGGUCAUGGCUCCUUCAUCUGCUGUGCAGUCGAUCUACAGCCAGACCAAUGUCUAUCAUCAGAUGACGCCGCCCAUGAAUCAGAUGGAUAAUAUUGAACGUGAGGAAAGUUCCCCUGUGGCGAACAGCUCCCUGGUGCCCCCAUCGAGAACAGCCCCUACUCUGACUUGUCCUUGCAGGACAUCCGGGAGAACGAAUACUCGGAAUCAGAAUCAGGGUCGGAGGAGGAAGAAGAAGAGCAGGAAUUCGAUCACAGUUAUGUGCCAUCGCGCGCCAGAUCUGCUGCAGGACCAUCUUCGUCAACGGGCAGCAAGCCCAGGCCAAAGUCCAUGGUGAUCUCGACAUCCAGCACUGCUCCUUACGAUUCACCCUACUCCAAGGAGUCGAUUGAUUCGCCCAAGACGCCUGUCCGACACGAUCGCCGUCGAUCGUCCUCUGGAUCGUAUUCAUCAUUCGGCGGCCAUUCUCACAAUCAGCUCCUUGAUCCAGAGUUGGUCCCCGAGAUCAAGGAUAUUCACGUCUGCCCGGUCUGUCAGCGUCGCUUCACGAGG